CGAAAACCAUUUGUUCUUAUUCAAACAGCACAUGUAAUAUCGAUUUAUUUAUUCGAUAAAUUUGUACUUACUGAAUAAAAUAAACAAAAAGAAAAAAAAAGUAAAAAAAAGUAAAGAUUUAUUUAAAAAAACAAGAACAAAUUUUAAAACAAAAAAAAACAAUAAUAUAAAAAUGACCAAAUGUCUUAGGAAAAGUUAUGUUUUAUUGAAAAAUGCUUCCUAUUCUACAGCAGCAGCAGCUUUACCACAAGAGAUUCAAACAACGUCAAUUUUCAAAGAAAAAAGAAAUGUUAAACCAUUUUCUGAAAUACCAGGACCAAAAGGUUUACCUUUUAUUGGGAACUCAUGGAGAUUCGCACCAAUUAUUGGUCAAUACAAAAUCAGUGAUUUAGAUAAAAUUAUGAAAGAAUUAUUUAAUGUAUAUGGAAGAAUUGUUAAAGUUGAAGGUUUAAUUGGACAUGCUGAUCUUUUAUUUGUAUUUGAUGGCGAUGAAAUACGAAAUAUUUUUAAACAGGAAGAAACUUUACCGCACAGACCAUCUAUGCCAUCACUAAAACAUUAUAAAGGUCAACUACGUAAAGAUUUUUUUGGGAACACAGGUGGAUUGAUUGGAGUACACGGCAAGGAUUGGGAAAAUUUUAGAUCUGAAGUACAACAUAUUUUAUUGCAACCACAAAUGGCUAAAAAAUAUAUUCAACCUUUAAAUGAAAUUGCCGAUGAAUUUAUGGAAAGGAUUCAUGAGAUGCGUGAUGAAAAUGACGAAUUACCAGGAAAUUUUUUACAUGAAUUAUACAAAUGGGCAUUGGAAUCUGUUGGUCGUGUUGCAUUAGAUACACGUUUGGGUUGUUUAUCAAAAAAUGAAACAAAUGAAGCAAAACAGAUAAUUAAUGAAAUUAAUACAUUUUUUACAACAAUAUUUGAAUUAGAAUUAAAAAUGCCAAUAUGGAAAUUUUAUUCAACCAAAGCAUAUAAGAGUUAUGUUUCAGCUUUAGAUAGUUUUACAGAAAUAUGUAUGAAAUAUAUAAACAAAACUAUGGCAGAAUCAGAAAAAUGUAAACAUAAAAAGAAUGAAUCCGAUAUAUCAAUUAUUGAGAGAAUUAUUGAAAAAACUAAAAAUCAUAAAAUUGCAACAGUUUUAGCUUUAGAUUUAUUUUUAGUUGGAGUUGAUACGACAUCAGUUGCAGCAUCGUCCACAAUAUAUCAAUUGAGUAAAAAUCCCGACAAACAAGAAAAAUUAUUUAAUGAAUUGAAAAAUAUUUUUCCAAAUCAAAAAGCAAAUAUUGAUCAGAACGCAUUAGAGAAAAUACCAUAUUUGCGGGCAUGUAUUAAAGAAACAUUAAGAAUGUAUCCGGUUGUAAUUGCAAAUGGUAGAAGUUUACAAACCGAUUCAAUAAUUGCUGGGUUCGAAGUACCAAAAGGGACGCAUGUAAUAUUUCCUCAUUUGGUGGUAUCAAACGAUUCAAAAUAUUUUACGGAACCAAAUAAAUUUGUCCCUGAGAGAUGGAUGAAAUUCAAUGAAGCUAAUGAAUUAUGUCCAUAUACAAAAGAAAAAAUUCAUCCAUUUGUUAGUUUACCAUUUGGUUUUGGUAGAAGAAUGUGUGUUGGUCGAAGAUAUGCAGAAAUUGAAUUAAAUACAUUAUUAGCAAAGAUUUUUAGGAAAUAUAAAGUAGAAUAUAAUUAUGGUGAAUUAAAAUAUAAAAUUAAUUCAACAUAUAUACCAGAAUCACCGCUUAAAUUCAAAUUGACACCAAGAGAAUAUUGAGGAAUGUACAAAAUAUUUUAUAUAUAAAAAUAUAAAUUUUUAGUUUAAAUUAUAUUUUCAUAAAAUUUUAAGUAUGUAUGUAUUUAAAUUUUAUAUAUUGUUUUUAUAUAAAUUAAAUAAAUUUAUUGAAUUGUUGUAAUAUAAAAAGAAAAUUAUAGAAAAUAUUUAAUAAU